AUGGAGAAUGCGCAAAGAAACAAGAAUCAGAAAACUGCUUUGAAGGCCAUCGAAAAGAGUUUCUUGAAGAGGAAAGAUUGCAUCAAGAAAAAGACCAUGGAACUCUCUAUUCUCUGUGAUGUCAAGGUCUGUGCCAUUAUUAUUGGGCCAGACGGAACAAUCGAAACAUGGCCAGAAAGUCGUAAUGAUGUGCAGCGGGUGAUUGAAAUGUACGUAAAUUGCCCAGUUGACAAGAAGAAAAGGCAACGGCCCCAAGAACUUGAUCAUGGUGGGGAUGAUCGCAGUAACAAAAAAUGGAAAGUAUGUGUUGUCUCUGAGGGAGUGAAGAAGACAGGGUUUACAGAUAAAGAUUUGCUUAGAAGGAUUGAUGCCAAGUUAUGUCAUGUAAGGAAGAAAAUCCAGUUGAUUAAGUCCAAUGAUCAAAAUACUAUGGACUGUACCAUUGAUAAUCCGAUAGAGACAUCGUUCUUCCAAGAAACUGCCUCUUUUGAUCAGAGGUUUGAAAUUCCACAUCUAAUGGUAGUCGGUAAAGAGGAUAUCCAUGAACUUUUGACAACUGCACCAACUCCAAAAUCGCUCGACCCCUGCAGUGGAUUAACCCAUACAUAUCAAGAUUUUCAGUCGUCUACACUAGGAGUGAACUCAUUAACCCCUGGUAAUGAAUUGAUGGAUACAUUUUCUACGGCAUAUAAUGAAGAACUCAACCAGUUUACACCGACUGAUCUGAACUCGUUUAGUCCUACUAGUGAAUGA